AUGUUGCCUGCAAAACAAAACAAGAUUGACUUGAGUAAAUUGACCGAAGAAGAGAAAAAACUUUUCACUCUUUAUGGUCGAUUACCAACAGGAAAAGAUAUUUUGAAUCGUAAUUUGAAGGAACGAAAAUAUUUUGAUUCUGGGGAUUACGCUCUUUCAAAGGCGGGUAAGACACAGCUUCAAGUAGGCUCCGAACAUCCUUCACCUGAAACAAUUCCACAUACCAAUCCAAUUGCCACACAAACUCACAACUCGUCACCAGUCAAAGAAAGUUCGUUGGUUCACGAAGCAGAAGUCGAGGAAAAUUCUGCACCGGUGAUUGAUAACGGUGAAGCAACAACACCCAAUUCCACCCAGAGUUAG